AUGUCACACUGGUUGGAAUAUUUGCAAAGAAAGAAGUUUCAUCGAAGAAUUUUAGGCCCUCCGACAUCGAAAAGGAGUGAAGUUUUCUGUAUCACUCUUGCAAGGACCCAGGAACAGGCAGAACUCAAAGGAGACUUGCAGCUGCUUCAGGACGAAAUCAAGGCUGACGUGAUCAAUGCUGUGGCACCCCUGGUCCCUGCAGAACAAGCUUCCGUUAGAAUCUCCAUCAAGAAGAUAUGCCUUGAUCACAGUGACUCUUUCAGAGCCAUCGCGGAGUAUGAUUGUUCCUGCGAACCCGACCUGGCAGAAGAAGUUACAGUGCAGAGUAAAAAUAAGUGGAGCUCCCUUCGGCUAAAGGGGAAGUGGACUUCGCAGAUCUUGUCUCACAACAAGAUCAGGGAAAAGCAUUUUUUUCAGUCAAGAUGGAUUCAAGCAAUCAAAACUGAUUUCUUCUCGCACUUGAAGGAAGAGGCUCGGAAACAGAAAGAAUACAACACUCUCGAAUCACUCAAGCAAAAAGCGGAAUUACUGCAGACUCAGACCCAAGCGUAUCAAGUUAGGGACCAAAAGAAGGAAGAAAAGUUGAAAAUAACAGCAAAGAAAUUUGUUUUGCUGAUUCAAGAACAGGACACAAACAUCGCUUUUAAAGAGUGGGAAUCGCAAGUCAAAUCGCAAAAACAAAAACAAACUCAAAAAAGUAACUGGAUUGAAAGAAGCUCAAAGAUGGCACUCGGAGCAGCCUUUGACGGAUUUUGUGCGCAAGUUGCAUGGGUGAAGGACAAGAAAGCAACCUGCGAGCGGGUGGUACGGCGGAUGCUGCACUCUCAGCUGGCCGGGGCUUUCGACCGCCUGGUCGAGGCAACGGAGAAGCUGCGGAGGCAGAGGGCGAUGAUAUCGAGCUGUCUGACGCGCUGGAGGGGAUCAGAGGUCGCAGAUAGCUUCGAGGGCUGGAGAGAGGAGGCGGGUCGGAGCCGGGCGGAGAGGGCGGAGGCAGCCCGGGAGGAGGAGCGGCAGAGGCGCGAGCGCGAGCUCGAGGGAGACCAGCAGCGGGCAGAGCAGGCGGCCAGGAGCGAGCGGGAGCGGCUUGAGGCGACAUGCAGGCAGGCGGUACAGCGGAUGCUGCGGUGGCAAGCGGCGGGAGCGUUCGACGCUUUCUACGGGAGGGUGAAGGAGGUGCACGAGCAGCGAGAGCGGAAGAGGGAGGCGGUCAGGCGGCUGAUGCACAGGGAGCUAUGGGGGGCGUUCGAGGGCUUUAGGGAGGCGGUGGAAGCAGCGAGGUCGAGGGAGGAGAGAGCGCUGGCGACGCUGGGGAGGUGGAGAGCUCCGGAGAAGACCCGAGCGUUCGAGGUGUGGGUAGAGCACUGGGAGGAGAGCAGGGAGGCAGCGAUGCUGGCGGGGCACGAGAGAGCUCGGGAGGAGCUAGCGGCAGCACUGGCGCGCGAGCAGGAGAGACAGAGAGGUCUAAGCGAGCGGGUGGUACGGCGGAUGCUGCACUCUCAGCUGGCGGGGGCUUUCGACCGCCUGGUCGAGGCAACGGAGAAGCUGCGGAGGCAGAGGGCGAUGAUAUCGAGCUGUCUGACGCGCUGGAGGGGAUCAGAGGUCGCAGAUAGCUUCGAGGGCUGGAGAGAGGAGGCGGGUCGGAGCCGGGCGGAGAGGGCGGAGGCAGCCCGGGAGGAGGAGCGGCAGAGGCGCGAGCGCGAGCUCGAGGGAGACCAGCAGCGGGCAGAGCAGGCGGCCAGGAGCGAGCGGGAGCGGCUUGAGGCGACAUGCAGGAGGGCGGUACAGCGGAUGCUGCGGUGGCAAGCGGCGGGAGCGUUCGACGCUUUCUACGGGAGGGUGAAGGAGGUACAGGAGCAGCGAGAGCGGAAGAGGGAGGCGGUCAGGCGGCUGAUGCACAGGGAGCUAUGGGGGGCGUUCGAGGGCUUUAGGGAUUUUGUUGAUUUCCGUGUCUGGUCUCGAUCUCAAUGGCUUAACAAACUCCAAUCCUAUUUCAGUUUUUGCUUGUCGGAUUGGUUUGACCGGUUUGUGUCCAAUUGUUUAUUUUCUCAGUCUAAUCGACUCAAGCACACCCUUGUUCGUCAGAUUUCGAGGUCUUCUCAACUCCAAGCUGACGUUUGCAAGCAUAAGGAAAGGGUCACUCAACUAAUUGAAUUCUUUUCUCGAUAUGCAUAUCUUUUUCUUGUCCGUUACGGCUUUGAUGCAUUUGCUAUUUGUCAUUUACGAAAACAACGAAUGGGCAAGGCAGUUCUGAGAUACCUUCGAAAAGUUUUCAAGAUGUUCGGGUCUGCUCUGCUCCAAUCGAAGAGGGCGCGCGUAAUGAAACUGAAGCAAAAUGAUCAGGAUGUUUCAAGGAUCAAACUGCUUGUUUUCCAUGAAUGGAAAGAUUGUGUUCAAAAUGGCAAAAGUGAGCAAGAAUUGCACAGCAGACAAGAGCUUCUGGAUGACCUGCAAGCAAAGCUUGUGGCCGUCGAGCUUGAUAGAGCUUCGCAGCCUGCAGCGGUUGCCUUGAAGCUCAACUGUGAUGGGAGAGAGGCGUUGAAGGAUAGCAACAGCACAAACUCUCUUAGCAACCAAGUACAAGAUGACAUCAGCACAGCUCUCGGAGUAGACCCGAGUGCUGUGAGCAUCCUAUGCUACGAACGAGGCAGCGUCAUCGCAGAAGUCGCGCUCAAGAAGGACCCGGGAGUUAGCAGCCGCAAGCCAGGAGACAUGGUAGACGAUCUACUUGCACAGGCUGUAGACAUGUCCAGCAAGCUGCGAGGGACAGCGACGGGUCGAAUUUUGGUGACGGCUGAGACCCACGGGUCGGUAUCAGAGCAGGUAUGCGAAUCAAUCCGAAGAGCUUACGAGCAACGAGUGCAAGCAGGAGAUCAGAGAGUGAAUGAAAUGAUGGAAGCAUAUGCAUCUGAACUAAAGGAAUUACAAAGCACAUUGGAUAACUCUCUCGAAAGAAGGGAGGCCACCAUGAAAACAAUACAUCGAAGAUUAAUGAAGCAAUCCCUGUCUGAAGCCUUUGACGAUUUCUGUGCGCAAGUUGCAUGGGUGAAGGACAAGAAAGCAACCUGCGAGCGGGUGGUACGGCGGAUGCUGCACUCUCAGCUGGCCGGGGCUUUCGACCGCCUGGUCGAGGCAACGGAGAAGCUGCGGAGGCAGAGGGCGAUGAUAUCGAGCUGUCUGACGCGCUGGAGGGGAUCAGAGGUCGCAGAUAGCUUCGAGGGCUGGAGAGAGGAGGCGGGUCGGAGCCGGGCGGAGAGGGCGGAGGCAGCCCGGGAGGAGGAGCGGCAGAGGCGCGAGCGCGAGCUCGAGGGAGACCAGCAGCGGGCAGAGCAGGCGGCCAGGAGCGAGCGGGAGCGGCUUGAGGCGACAUGCAGGCGGGCGGUACAGCGGAUGCUGCGGUGGCAAGCGGCGGGAGCGUUCGACGCUUUCUACGGGAGGGUGAAGGAGGUGCAGGAGCAGCGAGAGCGGAAGAGGGAGGCGGUCAGGCGGCUGAUGCACAGGGAGCUAUGGGGGGCGUUCGAGGGCUUUAGGGAGGCGGUGGAAGCAGCGAGGUCGAGGGAGGAGAGAGCGCUGGCGACGCUGGGGAGGUGGAGAGCUCCGGAGAAGACCCGAGCGUUCGAGGUGUGGGUAGAGCACUGGGAGGAGAGCAGGGAGGCAGCGAUGCUGGCGGGGCACGAGAGAGCUCGGGAGGAGCUAGCGGCAGCACUGGCGCGCGAGCAGGAGAGACAGAGAGGUCUAAGCGAGCGGGUGGUACGGCGGAUGCUGCACUCUCAGCUGGCGGGGGCUUUCGACCGCCUGGUCGAGGCAACGGAGAAGCUGCGGAGGCAGAGGGCGAUGAUAUCGAGCUGUCUGACGCGCUGGAGGGGAUCAGAGGUCGCAGAUAGCUUCGAGGGCUGGAGAGAGGAGGCGGGUCGGAGCCGGGCGGAGAGGGCGGAGGCAGCCCGGGAGGAGGAGCGGCAGAGGCGCGAGCGCGAGCUCGAGGGAGACCAGCAGCGGGCAGAGCAGGCGGCCAGGAGCGAGCGGGAGCGGCUUGAGGCGACAUGCAGGCGGGCGGUACAGCGGAUGCUGCGGUGGCAAGCGGCGGGGGCGUUCGACGCUUUCUACGGGAGGGUGAAGGAGGUGCAGGAGCAGCGAGAGCGGAAGAGGGAGGCGGUCAGGCGGCUGAUGCACAGGGAGCUAUGGGGGGCGUUCGAGGGCUUUAGGGAGGCGGUGGAGGCAGCGAGGUCGAGGGAGGAGAGAGCGCUGGCGACGCUGGGGAGGUGGAGAGCUCCGGAGAAGACCCGAGCGUUCGAGGUGUGGGUAGAGCACUGGGAGGAGAGCAGGGAGGCAGCGAUGCUGGCGGGGCACGAGAGAGCUCGGGAGGAGCUAGCGGCAGCACUGGCGCGCGAGAAGGAGGAAGGGCGUCAGCGGGUGGGUCGGGCGUGCCGGAUGGCGAUCUACCGGAUGCUACAGGACAAGGUCGCGAUGCACUUCGAGGCGUUUGCCAGCGGGGUAGCAGCAUCGAAGCUCGAGCGAGCAGAGGCAGAGGCAGAGCUAGGGGCGGCCUUCGAGGGCCUUCGGAGAGCGGGAGAGCAAGCGCGCAACAGGCGCAGCGCUGCUGCCGUACGAGGCGUGAGGAUGUGCGAGGUAGCCGCGGUGGCAUGUGCAAGCAUGCUUACAGACGUGGUGCUUGCUUGGAGAGAGGAGGCGGGUCGGAGCCGGGCGGAGAGGGCGGAGGCAGCCCGGGAGGAGGAGCGGCAGAGGCGCGAGCGCGAGCUCGAGGGAGACCAGCAGCGGGCAGAGCAGGCGGCCAGGAGCGAGCGGGAGCGGCUUGAGGCGACAUGCAGGCGGGCGGUACAGCGGAUGCUGCGGUGGCAAGCGGCGGGGGCGUUCGACGCUUUCUACGGGAGGGUGGAGCUAUGGGGGGCGUUCGAGGGCUUUAGGGAGGCGGUGGAGGCAGCGAGGUCGAGGGAGGAGAGAGCGCUGGCGACGCUGGGGAGGUGGAGAGCUCCGGAGAAGACCCGAGCGUUCGAGGUGUGGGUAGAGCACUGGGAGGAGAGCAGGGAGGCAGCGAUGCUGGCGGGGCACGAGAGAGCUCGGGAGGAGCUAGCGGCAGCACUGGCGCGCGAGCAGGAGGAAGGGCGUCAGCGGGUGGGUCGGGCGUGCCGGAUGGCGAUCUACCGGAUGCUACAGGACAAGGUCGCGAUGCACUUCGAGGCGUUUGCCAGCGGGGUAGCAGCAUCGAAGCUCGAGCGAGCAGAGGCAGAGGCAGAGCUAGGGGCGGCCUUCGAGGGCCUUCGGAGAGCGGGAGAGCAAGCGCGCAACAGGCGCAGCGCUGCUGCCGUACGAGGCGUGAGGAUGUGCGAGGUAGCCGCGGUGGCAUGUGCAAGCAUGCUUACAGACGUGGUGCUUGCUUGGAGAGAGGAGGCGGGUCGGAGCCGGGCGGAGAGGGCGGAGGCAGCCCGGGAGGAGGAGCGGCAGAGGCGCGAGCGCGAGCUCGAGGGAGACCAGCAGCGGGCAGAGCAGGCGGCCAGGAGCGAGCGGGAGCGGCUUGAGGCGACAUGCAGGAGGGCGGUACAGCGGAUGCUGCGGUGGCAAGCGGCGGGGGCGUUCGACGCUUUCUACGGGAGGGUGCAGGAGGUGCAGGAGCAGCGAGAGCGGAAGAGGGAGGCGGUCAGGCGGCUGAUGCACAGGGAGCUAUGGGGGGCGUUCGAGGGCUUUAGGGAGGCGGUGGAGGCAGCGAGGUCGAGGGAGGAGAGAGCGCUGGCGACGCUGGGGAGGUGGAGAGCUCCGGAGAAGACCCGAGCGUUCGAAGUGUGGGUAGAGCACUGGGAGGAGAGUAGAGAAGUUUUGCAUAGGAUCGCAGGGAUGAGAGGAGGUCAGGUUCACCUCAACUCAGAUAGUAGUGUUUCAAGAGUACCUUUUCUUCAUGCCCCAUUCCUUGCAUGGAAGACUUGUAUCAUCGUCAGGAAGCGAACUUGCUUGCUCGAGGCCCGAUACUCCAAGCUCGUCAAAGGCGCAACCGCCAAGAUGGUUCUCUUCGGAUGGUCACGCACGAGCAGCAAGCACCUGAUUGAGGCUGCGUCGAGCUUUCGGUCUAGUAGGCAGCUCAACACGGUGGCGAUGACAUGCGCGUUCGCCAUGUGGAGGAUCAACGUUGAGAGAUGCGUGCGGGCUCAGAUGCAGUCGCGGAUCUCCGUGCUCAUUCAGACGAUUGCGAACCUCUCCACGGGUCCAGACUUCGUGGCCUGA